GGUUGGGCUCUCCUCACUGAGUGGAAUGCCCAUCAAGUCCUUGGAAGAGAUUAAAAACAUCUUCCAGAAAUUGUCAGUCCGGAGAUCAAGUUCACCGUCUCUUGCCAGUGGGAAGGACCCGACUUCUGGGACUCCUUCUGCCUUUGUGAGCAGAAUCUCUUUCUUUAGUCGAACAAAACUGUCACCUCCUAUGGAGGAUGAGCCUUCCCAGAUGGGUGAAAGCCUCCAGGCCAGUAACUCAGCUUGCUGUACAGAAACUGAGGCACAAAACAGUGCCAUUGGACUCACCAUUGGUACAGCUGAUGCCCUAAAUGGACCACCUUCUUUGGCUUCCAACCUGUGCUAUGAAGCUGAGAGUCCGGAUGAAGCAGCCUUAGUGUACGCCGCCAGGGCUUACCACUGCACUCUACAGUCUCGGACCCCAGAGCAGGUCAUGGUGGACUUUGCUGCUUUGGGCUCAUUAACAUUUCAACUCUUACACAUCCUUCCCUUUGACUCAGUAAGAAAAAGAAUGUCUGUUGUGGUCCGGCAUCCUCUUUCCAAACAAGUCGUGGUGUAUACAAAGGGUGCUGAUUCUGUGAUCAUGGAGCUGCUGUCGGUGGCUUCCUCAGAUGGAACAAAUCUGGAAAAACAUCAGAUGAUAAUACGAGAGAAAACGCAGAGCCACCUGGAUGAAUAUGCCAAACGAGGGCUGCGCACUUUAUGUAUAGCUAAGAAGGUCAUGAGCGACACUGAAUAUACAGAGUGGUUGAGGAAUCACUUUUUAGCUGAGACAAGCAUUGACAACAGGGAAGAAUUGCUGGUUGAAUCUGCCAUGAGACUAGAGAACAAACUCACAUUACUUGGUGCUACUGGCAUUGAAGACCGUCUUCAGGAGGGAGUCCCCGAGUCUAUAGAAGCCCUUCACAAAGCUGGCAUGAAGAUCUGGAUGCUGACAGGGGACAAGCAGGAGACAGCUGUCAACAUAGCUUAUGCAUGCAAACUCCUGGAGCCAGAUGACAAGCUCUUCAUCCUCAAUACACAGAGCAAAGAUGCCUGUGAGAUGCUGAUGAGCUCGAUUUUGAAAGAACUGCAGAAGAGAACUCAAGCCUCUCCCAAGCCAGCAUCACUAAGAAAGGCCUCCUGUCAGCCUCCUGACCCCCAGGGCUCUGAACGUGCUGGGCUCGUCAUCACAGGAAAGACCCUGGAGUUUGCCCUGCAGGAGAGUCUGCAAAGGCAGUUCCUGGAGCUGACUGCAUGGUGCCAAGCUGUGGUCUGCUGCCGAGCCACACCCCUUCAAAAAAGUGAGGUGGUGAAAUUGGGAAACCAUCUCCACGUGAUGACCCUGGCCAUUGGUGAUGGCGCUAAUGAUGUUAGCAUGAUACAAGUGGCCGACAUUGGGAUAGGUGUCUCAGGUCAAGAAGGCAUGCAGGCCGUGAUGGCCAGUGACUUUGCUAUCUCUCAGUUUAGACAUCUCAGCAAGCUCCUUCUUGUGCAUGGGCACUGGUGUUACACACGACUCUCCAACAUGAUUCUCUAUUUUUUCUACAAGAAUGUGGCCUACGUGAACCUCCUCUUCUGGUACCAGUUCUUCUGUGGGUUUUCAGGAACAUCUAUGACUGACUAUUGGGUUCUGAUCUUCUUCAACCUCCUCUUCACAUCUUGCCCCCCCAUCAUUUAUGGCGUGCUGGAGAAAGACGUAUCCGCGGAGACCCUCCUGCAGCUGCCUGAACUUUACCAGAGUGGUCAGCACUCAGAGGCAUACUCACCUCUCACCUUCUGGAUCACCUUGUUGGAUGCCUUUUAUCAAAGUCUGGUCUGCUUUUUUGUGCCUUACUUUACCUACCAAGACUCUGACAUCGACAUCUUUACAUUUGGGAAUCCCCUGAACACAGCAGCUCUGUUCAUCAUUCUCCUCCACCUGGUGAUAGAAAGCAAGAGUCUGACUUGGAUCCACAUGCUGGUCAUGGUUGGGAGCAUCUUGUCCUACUUUUUCUUUGCCUUGGCUUUUGGAGCUUUGUGUGUAACUUGCAACCCACCAUCCAACCCCUACUGGAUUAUGCAGAAGCACAUGCUGGACCCAGUGUUCUACUUAGUAUGUGUUCUUACAACCUGCAUAGCUCUUCUGCCCAGGUUUCUAUACCGAGUUCUUCAGGGAUCUGUGUUCCCAUCUCCAGUUCUGAGAGCCAUGUACUUGGACAGACUAGCUCCAGAGGAGAGGGCAGAAGCUCUCAAGAAGUGGAGAGGGACUACAAAGAUGACUCAAGUUGUAUCUAAGUGUGCCAGCCAACCAGCUGCUGUUUCAGGAACACCCAGGGCUGGCCCUUCCACUGCCCUUCCAAUGAAGUCAGCAACAGCCUGUGCUGUUGAGCAAGAAGACAUACCUACAUGUGAGACUAUGCUAGAUGCUGGCUACUCUGAAACAAGCAUCUCAAAGGUGACUGAGCCCUCAGCAUGUUAACAACACAGGAUACCCUGCUUAGAGUUGCCAGUGAUCUUUCACACUUGGAAGGAUUCAGAGGAAAUGUCUCUCAACAGUGAGGAUCACUUGUGUUUUUUACAAGGGAUAUCAGCAUUUUGCUGGGCCUGGAAAACCCAAUACCAUAUCUGCAGUUGUAUACCUGUGUGCACAUUUGUAAGCAAGGGCUAGUGUUUGACCUCAGCAGAGUGAGUGCUAGGAAGGGGAAUAUUUAAUUCAGGAUCAUAUGUUAUUUUAAUUGUCUUAUAAAUGCAAGCCUUCUCCAAGGAAUUCAUUUGAAAUAUACUUAUUUUAUAGGUAAGUCUCAUGCAUUUGGAGAAUGCUUUAAGUGAGAUCCAACACAAACUUUAAUUUAGGGGGGAAAAAAGUUCUUUUAAACUGGUUCAUUAUAGCUAGAUGGUAGCAGACACCUUUGAUGCCAGCACUUGGAAGGCAGAGGCAGGCUGAUCUCUGAGUUCAAGGCCAGCCUGGGUUACAAAGCUUGUUCUUCCAGGAUAGCCAAAUUUACUUAGAAAAACCCUGUCUCAAAAAACCAAAACCAACCAACCAAACAACUAAACAAAAGCCCUGCUUUAUUAGGAAAACUCAUUAAUUAGAGACAAAUUCCCAAGAGCCUUUUGUUUUCCCUGAGAAGCCUUUGGUUCCUGGCUGAAGGUGUUCAGCAGCUCCCUCUGCUCAGUUCAGCAUGGUGCGGAAGUACAGCCUUUGUAGGGA